ACAACCAGAGGAACUAUUAUUAAUGGCAACGUACAAUUACGAGCGUACGCCGAUGACAUCGACGUUAUUGCAAGAAGAAAGGCGGACGUGCAGCAACAAAAAGAAUUGGACUAGGAGUUAACACUAGUAAGACGAAGUAUAUGAAAGUAGUAGUAGUUACAAAAAGAACGAAACUAGUGAUAUACAGAACUCUUAUCAAGCCCAUCCUCACAUACGCGUCGAAAACAUGGACUAUGACAAAGAGCGAUGAAGAACGUUUAAAAUGCUUUGAGAGCAAAAUCCUCCGGCCAUAUCUAUGGAGGUGUACACAAGGGCGGAUUAUCUCGCAGACGCUAUAAUUUCGAACUUUACCGCCUGUAUGGCAAACCUGAUAUUAUAGGUCCACCAAAAUAAACCGGCUGCGGUGGUUAGGUCACAUAGAGAGAAUGAAUGAGAUGAAGCCGCCAAAACAUAUUUAUAA